AUGUCAUUUAAGAGAAAAACAGCCGUACAAACAGCACCGAUAGAAUUGCCAAAAGGUGUCCGAUUAUCACCAAAGGACGGACGCUGGAUAACUAGCUCUGGUAGUACGUCGUUUGACUAUUACCUUUUGGGAGGAAUUCCUUUAAGGAGUCUGCUAGUCGUGGAAGAAGAUUCCACUGAUUAUUCUUCCGUUUUAUUAAAAUUUUUUGCUGCAGAAGGUUUUUUACAGGAUCAUGCUGUUUGGCUAGGGCCUUCGAUGGGCGAACCCUGGUUUCGUCAACUUCCCGCUGAAAAUGAACGAGCAGCGAAAAGUGAAGGCAUGAAAUCAUCCGGGCCAUCACCUUCUUCUAACACUGCUCAACAAAAUCGAAUGAAAAUUGCUUGGCGAUAUGAGAAUACUUCAAAAACCAAAGUUCCUGCCCCCGAUGCAAUCCCUCCAGGCUUUACUCAUGCUUUUGAUCUGACAAAACGUUUAACAAUUAGCUCUAAUAUGAUGAAAGCAGUUUCGCCCUUUCCUCUUGAAAUAGGCUCGAAUCCUUUCAUCCCUGUAUUGGAAAGUCUUACCAAAUUCCUAGCCUCGCUGAAGCCAGGAACUGUUUGCAGACUUGUUUUACCAUCUUUGCUCUCUCCUGCAUUUUAUUCUAUUCGUGCAACACAUCCGCAGUAUUUUAUUCGCUUCAUCCAUUCCCUUUCGUCUCUCAUCAAAUGCACUACCUCUGUGCAUAUUGUUUGUAUGUGCUCAGUCCCGUCAACGUUGUUUUCCAGGGACUGUGAGCAAGUGUAUUGGUUAGAGUCUUUGGCCUCUGGUGUCUUCUCUUUGCAUCCCUUUCCUAUCACGGAAACCGUCAAUGGUUUGGCCACUCAACCUCAAGGACUGUUUAGGAUUCACAAGCUUCCUCUUCCCUUACCUUUUACAAAUACAGAUAAUUCUAGCGAGGCAGGUGAUCUUUCCUUUACGGUGUCUAAGAGAAGAUUUACUAUUGAGCCAUGGGUUCUUCCUCCACUGGACGAAGAACAGCCUGAAGCCAAACCAAGCAAUAGUGACAAUUCUCAGCCUUCUUUAAAAUCGAUAGAAUUUUAG